AUGCUUCGCGAGAGGUCCAUCAUUUUCUUUGGUGAUCUAUCACUUUCGAUUCACCCUGCAUUCUCUCAACUCCUUAGAAGCCAAAAGGAACACUCCCUUCUCUCAAACUUCCUGAACCAAGCAAAGUCUGCUCUGCAGGCUGAAGCCACGAAUCUCUCUGUGAUUGAGCGCAAGGAACUACCGUCGCUCACAGAUUUAUACAGCUUGUCAGAAUCAGAGAACGGGAAUGCUUCUGAUCAUCCAAUUUUGUCUCCUGCACUGCUGGUCAUACUGCAGCUUGGCCAGUUUAUAUCAUGGUAUGAAGAGCACCCCGAGAGACGGUACCCAGAGUCAGAUUCUACCCUCAUCGCUGGGAUUUGCGUUGGUCAAAUUUCCGCGACAGCGAUUUCGCUCGCCAAAUCCUUGACAGAGCUACUUCCUCUGGCUGUGGAUGCAGUGCGUAUAGCAUUUCGCCUAGGCACACUCACAACAACCGCGAGAAAUGACCUGGAAGCAAGUCUACAUGAAGCUUGGGCAGUAGUUAUACCACGAGACAUAACAAUACCGACUGAAGAUGUUCUUGAUGGUAUUGUCAAGGAGUCGGAAAUAUUAGGUCGGAAGAAGCCUUAUAUCACAGCAUAUUUCCCUAAAACAGUGACAAUUCAGGGCCCGCCGUCCACAUUACGACUCGUCAGCGACUGGUUACAGAAGACACGCGGAUCAUCACCUAGCUAUUUUGCGUCUGAAAUACCAAUAUAUGCGCCCUACCACGCACCACACUUGUACAAUCAAGAUUCCGUCCUUCAGAUCUUGAAGGGACUCGAGUUUGUCGAGAAGACAAAUGACACCUGGUCUUUCGAUCAGACGAAAGUGAUAUCUCCUACCACAGGUACAUUCUAUGAUGUAUCGGAUAGAUUAGAUAUCAUGAAGAAAGCGCUUCAUGACAUCCUGCUGAAACCAAUAGAUUGGGAAAAGCUAUGUGAAGGUUGUACCUCGUUCGUGACAUCUUCAGAACCAGCUAGGUGGACGAUUCGUCCUUUUGGGCCAUCCAAAGCCGCGAAAAACCUUCUAUAUGUAAUUCACUCGGAGGCAAAUGCAGACAUCAUCCUUGAUGAAACAUUUGUCUCAAGCAGCACUGAUCAGGUUUCAACAACUACGAAGGUGCCUAUUGCUAUAAUAGGGAUGAGCGGUAGAUUUCCCGACUCCAAAAACCCUGGUGAGCUCUGGAAGCUUCUUGAACAGGGAAUUGAUUGUCACAAAGUGAUACCCGCCGAUCGAUUCGAUGCAUCUCUUUAUGUAUCUCAAGAUAGAAACUCUAGAAACAAAAGCAAAUCACCCUAUGGCUGCUUCAUCGAAAAUCCAGGGAUGUUCGAUCCCCGAUUCUUCAACAUGUCUCCCAAGGAGGCUGCCCAAACUGAUCCCCAGCAACGCCUGGCGCUUGUGACUGCAUACGAGGCAUUGGAGAUGGCAGGAUAUGUCCCAAACAGUACCCCAUCUACACAGUUAGAUCGCAUUGGUACAUUCUACGGCCAAACAACGGACGACUAUAAAGACCUGAAUACGUCUCAAGACAUUGAUACCUAUUAUGUUUCCAGUGUCAUAAGAGCCUUUGGACCGGGCCGAGUGUCUCGAAGUAAUCAACUUGGUGGGCCGAGUGUUAGUGUUGAUACGGCUUGUUCAUCAAGUGCAAUGGCUUUAAACCUAGCCUGUACCUCUAUCUGGUGCCAAGAAUGCGAUACAGCUGUAGUUGGGGGCAUGUUGCUGUUAGGGAGCCCGGAAAUGUACGCUGGCCUCAGCAAGGGGCAUUUCAUCUCGGAAACGGGGCCUUGUAAGACAUUUGAUGAUGCUGCCGAUGGUUACUGUAGGGGCGAAUCCGUGGCUAGUAUUGUGAUAAAGAGACUGGAUGCUGCCAAAGCUGACAAUGAUAACAUACUCGCUGUUAUCCUCGGAGCCGGGACUAAUUACUCUGCCUAUGCUGCAUCAAUAACUCAGCCACAUGGUCCAACUCAAGAAAUGCUAUAUCGGAAAGUACUUAACCAAGCUGGUCUUCAUCCCUUUGAUAUUGACUAUGUGGAAAUGCACGGCACCGGGACUCAGCUAGGUGAUGCGGUUGAAAUGAGCUCCGUCAGCAACGUCUUUGCUCCAGCUUUAUCAAAGCGUCCUGCAGAUAAAGCUCUCCUUGUUGGCUCUGUAAAGCCCAAUAUUGGUCAUGGAGAAUCGGCCUCGGGAAUAACUUCACUCAUCAAGGCGUUGCUGAUUUUGCGGGAGCAAAAAGUUCCUCCUCAUAUUGGUAUCAGAAGCGGCGUCCUCAAUCACACGUUCACAGAUUUAGCGAAACGCAACGUUCACAUUCCACUGAAGGCUACUGCGUUCCCCAGGAAUAAUUCUCGAAAGCGUCGCCUCAUGGUCAACAAUUUUGGCGCUGCCGGUGGAAACUCUGCAUUCAUUCUGGAGGAGGGUCCAGCAUAUGAGGGUCGCGGUGUUGUUGAUUCAAGAGUGGACCAUGUUAUCAGCGUGACUGCGAAAACUGCCUCGUCGCUUCAAAAGAAUAUCAGCAAUCUCAUUAGCUAUUUGGAGCAAAAUCCUGAAGUGUCACUCUCGGAUCUUUCUUAUACCACGACAGCCCGUCGCGUCCAACAUCCUCUUCGUGCAACCGUGAUUGCCUCCAAUAUUGAUGAGCUCAAGGGACACUUAAUCCAGCUUUUGGAGACCAAAAUCUCCCAGCCAGAUAGCGGUAAAUUGCCAGGUGUUGCCUUCGCAUUUACAGGCCAGGGAUCAGUAUAUUUGUCGCUCGGACAGCAAUUGUUUCAAUCCAACAGCCAGUUUCGAGCUGAUUUAACACGUUUUGAUCAAAUUUGCCAAGGAUAUGAAUUUAAACCAUUCUUACCAGUGAUAAAUAGAAGUGCUGCUGAUAUCAACAAUCUAUCGCCCACUCAAACGCAGCUGGCACUGGUCUCUGUUCAGAUUGCUCUUGCCCGUUUGUGGGCAUCAUGGGGUAUCACGCCAAAUCUCGUUAUUGGGCACAGCCUUGGAGAGUACGCUGCCCUUAACGUGAGCGGAGUACUAUCUAUUUCCGAUACUCUAUAUCUUGUUGGUAUUAGAGCUUCUUUCUUGGAGAACCUGUGCACGAAAAAUACCCAUUCAAUGCUAGCAGUGCAUGCCACCGUCGAAGAUGUCAAGUCCGCAGCGGGUAAUAAACUGGAUCGGCUUGAACUAGCUUGCGUUAAUGGACCUGAAGAUAUCGUUCUAAGCGGGUUGGUUGAGGAUAUUCAAGAAUUGAAUCAACAUCUCAAACUGCAAGGAUUCAAGUGCACAGUUCUAAAGGUCCCAUUUGCUUUCCACUCAUCACAAACAGACCCUAUCCUUGAUUCAUUGGAAAAAGCUGCGCAAUCUGUCAGAUUUCUGAAACCAGAAAUUCCAGUCGUGUCAACACUGCUCGGUACAGUUGUUAAGGAGACAAGCGUUUUCGGUCCAUCUUAUCUACGGCGACAUGCACGUGAGCCUGUCAACUUCGAUGGGGCACUUCGAAAAUCUUACUUGGAUGGUUUGGUAGACAAUCAAACUGUGUGGUUAGAGGUUGGGCCCGAGCCUAUCUGUCUCGCCAUGGUGAAAAGCAUAUUGGGAAGUGAGAUAAAGGCCUUCCCAACACUCCGUAAGAGUGAAAGUCCUUGGAGAACGUCCGCAAAGACGCUUUCUGCUUUGCAUUCUCUUGGAUUUGAUGUAACUUGGAAAGAGUAUCAUCGUGACUUUGAAGACAGCCAACGUCUCUUACAUCUUCCUUCCUAUGCUUUUGACGAGAAGAACUAUUGGAUCGACUAUAAGAAUGAUUGGCUGUUACACAAGGGCACAGAGGUUGUUGAGAAAAAGGAACCUCCAAGAAUAAACUCAGGUCCAGCCACGACAACUGUGCAAACAUUAAUCACAGAACAGGUCAAGGAUGACAAAGUUUUUAUUGUCUUUGAGUCCGACCUAUCCGAACCGAAAUUGCAUGCCUUGAUUGCUGGGCACAGUUUGAACGGACUAGCUCUUUGUCCUUCGGGGGUGUUUGCAGAUAUGGCUCUAACAGUGGGAGACUAUAUUCGACGAAAGCACCAAACCAAGCUGCCUGCCUCCUCAGGGUCCAACAUCGUUGAUAUGCAAAUCGUGAAACCUGUCACUGUUACAGUGCCACGAGUUAAGACCCCCGAGCUUCUCAGAAUAAGCGGCACGGCAGAUUUACAAAAAGGUAUCGUCGAAGUCACAUUCGGUUCAUACUCUGCCCAAAGUGGAAAAGCAGACCAAAAUGCAAAAUGCAUAAUUGAAUUUGGUGAUACUAAGCUGUGGCUGAAUCACUGGUCAAGAAGCGCAUAUUUGAUACAGAAACGGAUAGAAGAUCUCGAGAGAGGCGUCAAAACCGGCGACGUCGAUAAACUUUUCGAGAAGACGAUCUAUAGACUGUUCUCGGCUGUCGUUGAUUAUGAUCCCAGGUACCAUGGCAUGAAAGAAGUUAUGAUUAACAGCAGUGAGCUGGAAGCGGUUGCGUUGGUGAGGCUCUAUGAGGGUACUGACGCAGGCAAUUUUUUCUGCUCUCCCCUGUGGCUCGAUAAUCUGGCCCAAUUGGCUGGCUUCAUUAUGAAUGGUGUCAACGUGGUCGAUCCGCGUAAAUUCGUGUAUAUCUCGCAUGGUUGGGGAUCUUACCAGCUCGCUGAUGACAUAGAUGCCGCAAAACCAUACCAUGUUCAUGUGAAGAUGCAUCCAGCUGAGAAGAACGUUGUUGCCGGUGAGGUUUCUAUCUUCCAGGGAGGUACCAUUAUUGGGCUUUGCAGCAGUAUCAAGUUUCAAAAAGUGCCUCGUUCGUUGAUGGAGAUGUUGUUAGCACCGCCGUCUCAUCAACAGCAAUCGAACACACAAGUUCCAAGUCAACGCACAACAUCUUUGAGUUCUAAACAGCCGCGAGUGGCUCCAGAAAGGAAGGCAGUCAUACCAGAGUAUUAUUCUACCAAAUCACAGCCCGGGAUCAAGUCAAUGGCCUUGGAGACGAUUGCCCAGGAGAUAGGAAUUACAGCAGUCGAACUCGUCGACGAUGCGACGUUUGUCGAAUUGGGCGUGGAUUCGUUAAUGGCAUUGACGAUACUGUCUAAGCUUCGAGAAUCACUACAUCUAGAUCUCCCAUCCGAUAUCUUUCAGGAACUUACAACUAUUGGAGAUUUAAGAGGGUUCCUUGACAAAUUUGACAAUGCGAAUGAUGACGAAGUCGACACACCGAGCAGCGAUUCCAUGUCCCCUAUUUUGCCUACUCCAGAUGAUGAAACAACCAUUGCAGGUGACAUACUAAAUACUGUUUAUUCAAUCAUGGCACAGCAGAUCGGAGUCGAAAUAGAGGAGCUCUUGGCUGUCGACGAUCUUUCUUCCCUUGGACUGGAUUCACUAAUGAGCCUCAGCAUUCAAGGAGCUAUCCAAGAAGCGCUUAGUCUUAAAGUAGAGCUACAACUUGAUGGAACCGCAAAGUUGCCUACCUUGGUAAACAUUCAAGAAGCUCUCGGUCUCUCACCUACAGUACCAUUAUCAGUUCCCCAGCCACGAAUACCAGCCACCUCGCACAGGGCUUCUUUGGGCCCGUCUGCUUCAACAUUACUCUUACAGGGAAAUCUCAGAUCAGGUUCUAGAUUUUUGUUCAUGUUUCCAGAUGGCAGUGGGUCGCCGGCAGCAUACGCUGCCCUACCAGAAAUAUCUCCUGACCUCGUGGUGUACGGGUUGAACAGUCCAUUUCUGCAGUCUGCCGACAAAUACGACUGUAGCAUCGAAGAAAUAGCUCAUAUCAUGCUGCAAGCGGUUCAAUCAAUUCAACCCCAUGGCCCAUACACUCUUGCGGGCUGGUCGGCAGGGGGCAUGUAUGCUUUUGAAGCGGCCCGACAACUCACUCAGGCUGGUGAGACUGUAUCAAAGCUUAUACUCAUCGACAGUCCCUGUCGAUCUACAUAUGAGCCCAUGCCAAUCAACCUGUUGAACUUUCUCGUGUCUAGUACCAUUUUCAAAGCUUCGAACAGGAUUGUUGACCAUUUCAGAUCUACCAUCCGUGCACUCCAAAAUUACUCCCCCACUGAAAUAGAUGCUUCCCGCGCCUUUGAAGUUUUUAUUAUAUGGGCUGAAAAGGGGUUAAGUGAGGAUUUGAAGGAUGCUGAGAGAGGGAACGUUGACUGGAGUCAUGGAGUAGCAAACUGGCUGUUUAAGCGCGAGGCAAACGCUGGCCCCCUGGGGUGGGAAAAGUUGCUUCCUGGGAGACCCAUUUCGGUGACUGAUGUGGCUGGCAACCAUUUCUCCAUGGUCAACGCAUUGAACAGCAAGUCCUUAGGUCGAUCCGUCGCAGACGCAAUGCGAGAUGACUUGAGGGACAGUAAGCAACAAUGGAGAAUAUUUUAG